AUGAACAUUUUAUCCAACGGGAAAAGUCACGACUUUGGGGACGACACUUCGGUCCCAGUGAAGACACAGCUGGACGAGGAUCCAAAUGGCCUGUCGCCUGUCAGAUAUGAUGACCCUGAUGGAGCGUUGGAGAGUGCAGAGUUUUUACCCAGUGGUGAUGGAAAGAAGGCUACACGGUUCACAGAUUUUGAAGGAAAGACCUCUUUUGGUAUGUCCGUCUUUAACUUGGGAAAUGCCAUUAUGGGCAGUGGGAUCCUGGGACUGGCCUACGCCAUGGCGAACACAGGCAUUCUUCUCUUUCUAUUUCUUCUGACCGCUGUUGCUGCCCUGUCCUGUUACUCCAUCCACCUGCUGCUCAAGGCCUCCGGGGUUGUGGGAAUCAGAGCUUAUGAACAGCUGGGGUACAGAGCGUUUGGCACUCCAGGAAAAAUGGCCGCUGGGAUCGCAAUUACCCUGCAGAACAUCGGAGCCAUGUCCAGCUACCUGUAUAUUGUGAAAUCGGAGCUGCCUCUUGUGAUCCAGGCGUUCCUGAAGGCUGACCCCAACUUGGAUUUGUGGUACUUGAAUGGAAACUACCUGGUCAUUAUGGUGUCGGCCGGUAUCAUCCUGCCCCUCGCUCUCAUGAAGCAGCUGGGUUACCUCGGCUACACCAGUGGAUUUUCGCUGACCUGCAUGGUGUUUUUCCUCUCCGCUGUCACCUAUAAGAAGUUUCAGAUCCCCUGCCCAUUUGAGGAGUUCUCCAGUAACGGCACCUCCACGCACCACGCAGUAAAUGUCUCGGACGUAGUGAUGGACGACAGCCACUGCACCCCACAAAUGAUCACCAUCAACUCCCAGACGGCGUACACCAUCCCUAUCUUGGCUUUCGCUUUUGUCUGCCACCCUGAGGUCCUUCCCAUCUACACCGAGCUAAAAAACCCAUCAAAGCAGAAAAUGCAGAAAGUGUCCAACCUUUCCAUUCUUGUCAUGUACACGAUGUACUUCCUGGCUGCUCUGUUUGGCUACCUGACCUUUUAUGGCAAAGUGGAACCAGAGCUGCUGCACACAUACAGCCGCAUCGACCCGUACGACACCCUGAUCCUGUGUGUGCGAGUGGCUGUGCUCACGGCCGUCACACUGACCGUCCCCAUUGUACUGUUCCCUGUGCGCAGAGCCAUUCAGCAUAUGGCGUUUCCCACAAAGUCCUUUAACUGGAUCCGACACAUCGCCAUCGCUGUGGUGCUGCUCACCAUCAUCAACAUGCUCGUCAUCUUUGCUCCAAACAUCCUGGGAAUCUUUGGAUUCAUUGGUGCCACUUCUGCCCCAUGUCUGAUUUUCAUCUUUCCCGCCGUGUUCUACAUCCGCAUCGUCCCUAAAGACAAAGAACCGAUGACGUCUGUCCCAAAAAUACUGGCUGCGUGUUUUGCUGCACUGGGCGUUUCCUUUAUGGUGAUGAGUUUAAGUUUCAUUAUUAUGGACUGGACAACAGGAGCCAGUCGUGCUGCAGAUGUAGGUGCUUGGCUGAUCAAGAGGAUUUCAAACCCGCUGGUGGGUGUGGUCACAUGUUCUUGA